UUGUAAAUUUACACGGACUCUUAUUAGCAUCUGGACAAUUAGUUUAAUAACAUAAACUUACUCAAUAGAUUUAGAUUCUCUGAAUAAACAAUCAUUACAAUAAACCAAAUUGACAUUUUAAUAAGCCAAAUCUAAAUUAUGACCAAGAGUGGAAGACAGAGAAGAAUUAAAGAACCAAACAGAAACAAGUUUUUUCCUAAUGCAUCAUAUCAUGAGUAGUACUUGCUCUCUCUUCCAUAACCCAGAUUUGGAAAUGUUGCAACAAGAUCCUGCUAAUAUUAUUCUCUUGGAAUCAUUUCAUCAUGUUCAUGAUCAUGAUCAUGAUUUUCUUUCCUUUGACAUGGUUGACCAAGGACCAACAAAAACUGAGCUAAACCAACAAGUGAAGAAUUCCGAACCGAAAGAAAAAUCAUAUAUAGGUGUAAGGAAAAGACCUUGGGGGAAGUUUGCUGCAGAGAUUAGAGAUACAACAAGAGGAGGAAGAAGGGUUUGGCUUGGAACUUUUGAUAGUGCUGAAGAAGCUGCUUUGGCUUAUGAUCAAGCUGCAUUUUCAAUGAGAGGUAAUAAUGCUGUCAUCAAUUUUUCUGUCCAAAGGGUUAAAGAAUCUUUGCAAGAGAUUCAAUAUGAUUGCAGAAAAGGAUCUUCACCUGCACUUGCACUCAAGGAGAGACACUAUAACCAAAGAAAGUUGUCAUCAAAAGGUGUAAAGAAUAAUAAUAAAUCAGAAAAACAAGAUCUAUCAGAGGAAUCAUCAUCAUCAUCAAGUGUGUUGGUGCUAGAAGACUUGGGAGUUGAAUAUCUUGAGCAACUUCUAACUAUGUCUGAUCAUCCAAGUACAAGCAACAACAGCUACUUCAAAUCAACUUGUUAAUUUCAGUAAUCUUCUUUCCUUUUUUGUCUUUUUUUCUUCUUGUUUUUUGGAUUUUAUACAACAUCGUUUAUGAAGCUUCUGCGUGUUUAGGUUUUGUAUUCUCUUUUUUAUUUUUAAUAAGAAACAAUCUUUGUUCA